GCGAUAUAAGCAAGUAGGCAGUCUUGCUGGGAGCGGCUCCGCUACAACACGCGCGCUAACCUCUCCGCUCCGCUCACUACCAACGUAAAUAAUUCUGAACACGAGACUCUCCGGCCCUUGACAAAAUUAUGAAUUAUUAUUCUCAUGCAUCCAACUUUAUCUCUCUGACCCUGUUCGCAUUCGGAACGAGAUCGCCGCAGACGCAACGAAAUGAACUUUUCUAAAAUUUAAGUUUUUGUGAUUGUUGUGAUAUAAGUACUUGAGUGAUGUCCGAGAAAUAUUCGAAGAAAAACUUUUUAUUAUAAAAUAUAAACAUGGGCUGUUGGAUCCGUAUGGUGGAUAGUGUUCUGUGAGCCAGCGAGGUAACGAGCAAGAUGUCGGAAGAGACCGCAGGCAGCAUGGAGGAGGCGGCGGCGGCGGCGUAUUGCGACCCCGGCGGGCCCGAGUUCCAGCGCAUGUACGCGCAGGUGCACGGCUACAUCGCGCUGCUGGUCUGCCUGCUCGGCAGCGCCGCUAACUCUGUCAACAUCGCCGUGCUCAGCCGCAAGGAGAUGAUCUCCUCCACCAACUCGAUCCUCACUGGCCUCGCCGUCGCCGAUCUACUUGUCAUGAUCGAUUACAUUCCAUUCGCCCUCCACAAUUACGUAAAAAUAAGUUCAGUAAUCAACAACCAUUCGUAUGGGUGGGCCGUAUUCGUCUAUUUCCAUUCAAUAUUCAGUCAGACUUUUCACACGAUAUCUAUUUGGCUGACGAUCACGCUCGCCGUAUGGAGAUUUAUAGCUAUUAAGUUUCCGCAAAAAAAUAGGACGUUGUGUAAUAAACAGAACACAAACAUAGCUAUAGCGGUAGCUUACGUCGUGUGUCCUAUCCUGUGUCUCCCUAUUUACUUCGCAAUGAAUAUUCAGGAAGUUCCUCAGAGCCCAGGAGACGUGAAUGGAACGACGAAUGGAACCGACUAUGUAAACACGACGGCGACACUCAGGACGGACCCAGUGUACAAAAUAUCGAUGACGGACAAUAAACAUUUGUUGACCGCUAUAUUUUGGAUUUAUAGUGUGUUUAUAAAACUGAUACCGUGUGUAGUGCUAUCGAUUUUAAGUGUGCUUCUAAUAUUGAAAAUGAAAUCUAGUGAUAGGAGAAGACAGAAGCUGCUGAAGAAAUCUGCCAUUACAGCGACUGAGGGAGAAAAAACUCGUUUGAACGAUGAUGGAGGCAAGCGGGGUGGCGGCGGCGGGGGCGGGGGGCGAACAGACCGAACAACUCGGAUGCUGGUGGCUCUGCUAGGGCUCUUUCUCGCCACUGAACUGCCUCAAGCACUCUUCGGACUCCUGACGGCCAUCGCGCCGCAACUCUUCGGCGUCUGCUACUACUCCUUUGGUGAGGUGAUGGACAUGAUGGCGCUGGUGGGGUCGGCAGUGAACUUCGUGCUGUACUGCAGCAUGAGUCGUCAGUUCCGAUCGACAUUUACGCGACUCGCGCGCAAGGUGCUCCCCCUCCCCGCGCGCGACGCUGACCCUCUUACCAAUACCACCAAAGCGUAGCGCAUGCGUCCCGCAACGUCUACCGUUGCGAUUUAGUGGCCGUACUUUAUGUAACUGUGUUCUGGUUCAUGUGAAGAAAAGGGUAAAAUAGACUUUGAUAAUGGACAUUGAGUGUUGACUUAUUAAUAAGGAAUGACCAUAUAUAAUGAAAUGGUGUUAUAGACUUUAAAACAACAAUGCAAUUAUCACCUAGCCUAUUAGAUUGUGUCACGGCGUCCAAUAUUUUAUAAUCAGCAGCGCCCGCGCCACGGGUAGGUACCGGCGCGCGCGGCGCGAUUUAUAUCGAGGGCUUUGACCAAAAUAGCCGUACGAUGCGGAAUCCGUGUCGCCUGUGCAGGACUGCGAUAGUUAAUAAUUAAAGUAUGUAAUUAUGUAUGGUUGGUUUUGUAAUACGUGUCAAAGAAUGAGUAGGUAAGUAGGUAUAUAAAAUUAAACUUGAAAACAACGAAAGUGUUUCAUGAGCGAUGGAUCAAAGAUAUACAGGUCAUUACAGGUAGUUAAGAAAAUCGGGUUAUGAAAUCACAAUUAUUAUUAAUCUGCGAGGAAUAUCCAUUUAUUAGCUGAUUUGAGAAGCACGAAGGUGACGACAAAUUUAUCAAGAGCGAGCUAAGUGACGGCGUCAAAACACCAUUUUACAGCGCGAACCGUGUCGUGCAUACAAAAUUACUGUUUUCCACAAUGUCACAGUACCUACUGUUCGGCUAAAAAUAACAUUUUACUGAAAUGCUUUAACAGAAACCUAGGGAAAACCAAUUUACUUGACUUUUUAUGUAAAUGAGACGAACGAACUUGAUGACACUUUCUCUUUUUUGCUUAGACGAAAUAUUAUUCGACAGGAUAUCAAUUUGUUUCACUAUGUGCACACUCAUCUCUAUUCCAGUAUUUCCAGACUUGGUACCUCGCCAGUUCCCCCAUCCCUUAACCUUUCAGUUAGGUAUUCCGCUAGAAAAACGAAUGAACCGUCGGUUUUAUUCGUACGAUCAAAUAAUGUGGAAGUUCUAUUCUACUUUCCCGGAUAAGUACUUCCUACUGGCACCAGUUUCUAAGCGAUAUUAUUUUCCUAUAAGGGUUCCAACAAAGUUAUUCGCUAUUCUCGCUCGCCAAGAGAUUAAAAGUUAAUCUAUAUGAUGAACAUGCUAAGUCCGAAGAGGAUAAAGCAAUUCCGCUACUUAAUUGCGAUAUCUAAGCAAUAUUGAAAGUUCCGUCACUUGCCACUUAUUUAUAGUGAAUUACGGUAGUUAUUUAUUUGCCGGACUAGCUUAAGAUGGACUGUGACACUUAUCCUUUAAUAUUACGAGACCAAGUUUUCCCUUCUCCUGAGCAGCGACAAAAAUAUUGUUAGUGAUGAAUCUAGUCAAGAUUAGAAUGUCGCUACGAAAUAGCUCUUAAUUAAAAUAAAAAUAUAUAUAGUUUUUAAGUCACAAGAUGAAAAAUUAAUAACCCGGACAUUUCAACACAUGAUAACUAAUAUAUCACUCGUUCGAUUCUGUAUCCUUCAAGGCUGUGUUUGGUUUUGUUGUUCAAACUGUUAAACAAAGUUGAAGGAUACUGUAAGGGUUGAGAAGAGGCAGAAGGGAGGGAUCUUCGAAAGAUUUACUGUUGUUUCCUAGAAUGACAAACUGGCAAGCGGCGCACAUUUGGAAGCGAGGAGAACAUAAGGGUCGAAAGAUUCAAUUACUGAAGUUUGUUAUCAGGGUCUUCUGGCGAUUUUGUAGCAAGUAGGUACGAUAACUUGACUGGCAGUGACAGCUUGAAAAGGGCUUUACAAUUUUGAAUAAUGACAAUAGGUAAUACAAGCAGUCAUAGGAGUGUAGGAAAAACGAGAUAUUUAUAUUGUCUCAGCAAUCAAAUUCGUAUGAAAUAAUUACAUUAUCAAUUAACUCACUUGUAACAAUUCGAUGUGUUAUCAAGUCUUAUUCAGAUAUCCUGUGGUCGGUUAUAAGAAGCUUGUACUUAAAAUUCUACGAGUAAAUUACUAAGACAUUUCUGCACUUCUCUUAUUAAUAUCUUCAUACUGCCUACAUAGCACUUGCUGUUAAGAUCAUAGAAAAAAAAAUGUACCCUUAGAUGUUUAAAUUAAUACCAAUUAUUGGUGCUAUCAUUAAAUAGCACUAGCUAGCUAUUUGAUGUUUAAAAAUCAUAAACGUAAGUAGGAUGUUUAGUGUAACAUACGAUUUACCAAUGCCGACAGAUGUUACGUACAACUUUUUGAGAAAUCUAGUCAAAUCUGGGGGGUUAAAAUGGCCACAUCGAAGCAAUUCAUCUGAGAAAGUAAUAUUGCAAUUUGACAUUUGCGCAUAUAAAAGUAAGUGUGCAAUGCAAACAAAUUUAAAUAGCUAUAUUGCUUUCUUAGAUGAAUUGCUUCGAUGUGGCGCUUUUAACCCCCCAAAAACUAUAAAUAAUCGUUUUGCUUCAUGCCUCGUCCCACGAUUUAUGGUAUUUUAUUACUUUUUGGACAUGUCCUAGAAGUCAACUAAGUGACUUUAUUCGAGGUUUUUUAAGGGACGUCUGGUGUGAUUGUGACGGAUUUAUUAUGGGGAAAUGGGGUGUGGUACUCAGUAUUGUAUAGUUUACCAUUAUUUAUUUUAACCCCCCCUGUACUUAAAGUUGACGUCACUUUAUAGAAAAACAAUGCUUGGAAUGAUUUUUAUGUACACACUUGCUACUUAUUUAUAGAAAAGAUUAUUUAACCGGAAUAAUUCUGACAUUGUUAUCAGUAAACUUGUUAUUGUUUGAAUUAUUCAUUUAUGUAAAACAUUGUUUGUGAAUAGAGUGUUUCCGCGUGGUUAUUUUUUUACCGUUUUAUGUUUGUGACGCUGCUGCGCCGUAAAGUCGUCGAUGUGAUAUUAUUUGACUCGAUUGUAAUCGAGUGAACUUUAUACUGGAAAAUGGGACCCGAAUGAAUUAAUAUUCAUAUUGGAUUUGUGUCAUCAUGUAAUGGAUCAGGAUAUAACAAGAAUUCUUCGAACAGACAAAGGGCUUGCUAUUUUGGUAGCAGGAUUAAGCUUGUUGUAAUAAAUGUAAAUAGGCAUUUUAUUAAUUUAAAAUUUCCAUUUGUUUCAAUCUUUUAUGUGAUCAAAAAAAAUAUGUUAGAACUUAUCCACUUUUACAUCCUUGUUGCCGAUAUCUUAUCAUAGGUAGGUUACAAAAUAGUAUCAUUUUUGAUGUGAUUUAUUGUAGAUUAACCGUAGAUGGCAUUAACCACUUGGCCGGACAAAUGGGGAGCGCUGAGGGCUCUCACCCGGUGCUAAAUAGUACCAAAAUGUCUUGAAUACUUCUACUUAACUACACAUUGUACAUAUCGACGAUACCAUGAGACGUAUAGUGAAAUGUUAUAGAAUGUAAAUAGGUAUAAUAUUAGAUAUAGAUAGUUUUUGUAUAGUCAAAUGUUUUGCGGAUUGUAAUUUAUCAAUGUUAAAAUAUAGGUGUGCCUAGAAAAUAUCAAUAAACAAUUUUGUAAACAAA